UGUUGUUGACAGGAGCUUUACCGAGAGCAAGGAGCCAUCCGGGAUCGGGGCCGGCGACAAGCGACGCAACGAGCGAGAGAUAACUUUGAUAAAGUCGAAAUCGGAGAUAAACUCCCCAUGACGCGAACUGCUUGGAGUUUCCCCACUUGACACACCCAACCAUAUCUCGGAGAAGUUGACUCAGCUCAUUGCUUUGAAUUAGCGUGCUUGACGCAAUUCACACCCUAUCUCGUGCUUGUGUUUUCUUACAACAUAGCCCUAAUAAAACAGAAAACAAAAAGGAAAAAGAAAAAAGAAUCUGCAUUGAGCAGUGUUCUAUGCCUCUUUUUGGACGGUCAAUUAGUUUGGCGACAAGACCCUGCUCACUAGCUCUCCACGCCCUACGAUCCCUGCGAUCAUCUCAGUCAACAACACCGAUAGCAUUCACUUCGUCUUUGUUGAAAAAGCAUUGGAACACUCAGCGCACAAUGGCAACAGCAAUGGGAAAGCGCCUUGACGGCAAGACCAUUGUCAUCACGGGCGCCUCCUCGGGAAUUGGACGCAGCACUGCGCUCGAAUUCGCACGCACAUCGCCCAAGAAUCUGAAGCUAGUCCUGACUGCGCGACGAGUGGAUCAGCUCAAGGAGCUUGCAGAGGAGAUUACCAAGGAAGUCGGCGAGGGUGUCAAGGUGCAUACGGUCAAGCUGGAUGUGAGCAAUUCGAGCGAGGUCAAGAACUUUGUGCCAAAUCUGCCGGAAGAAUUCAAGGAGAUUGAUGUCUUGGUGAACAAUGCAGGACUUGUCAAGGGUGUCGCCAAAGCUCCAGAAAUUGACGAGAAUGACGUGCAAGUCAUGUUUCAGACAAACGUCACUGGCUUGAUCAACAUGACCCAGGCGGUUCUGGCCAUUUUCAAGCAGCGUCCUGAAGGUGGCCGCGGCGAUAUCAUCAAUGUAGGCAGUAUCGCCGGUCGCGAACCAUACCCGGGCGGCAGCAUCUACUGUGCGACCAAGGCGGCCGUGAAGAGUUUCACUGAGGCAUUGCGGAAAGAGCUGAUUGACAGCCGCAUCCGAGUCAUUGAGGUUGCUCCUGGUCAAGUUGAGACGGAGUUUUCAGUCGUCCGAUUCUACGGAGACAAGUCCAAGGCUGAUGCCGUCUACGCUGGCUGCGAACCUCUGACACCGGACGACAUUGCUGAAGUUGUUGUUUUUGCCGCUGGUCGGCGAGAAAAUGUUGUCAUUGCCGACACGCUCGUCUUUCCCAACCACCAGGCAUCGGCUACCUUGAUGCAUCGCAAACAGACUUGAACGCCACGCGGGUGGUCUUGUUACGAAAGGAGUAUAUGAAAUAAGCGGUAUAGAUGUCUCUGUACAGAGAUAAACAGGUACAUUUAGUAAAAAGGGCGGGUUGGUGGUAACCUGGCUGAUUACAUUUCACAAAUAUAACAAUUUUUGGGUUCCAAUACAAGGC